CCCCCCUUCCCCCCCCUUUUUCUGUUCCCCACCAUACGUCGUCGAUCCCAAAUCCAUCCACCCACAAGGCGGAAUCCACGACCACGAUCCAGUCCGAUCCGCGCCGCGAGCCGUGCUCUCCAAACCCUAGCGAUGUCGACGGCGGCGGCCGCGAAGACUCCGACCAAGCCACUGGGCCCCGCGGCCGCGGGUGCCAGGACUCCGACCAAGCCGGCGGCGGCCAAAACGCCGUCCAAGACGCCAUGCCCUUCUCGCGCGCGGUCCUCCCACACGUCGGAGAACUCCAACCCCAACAUCCCGGGCACGCCGCCUCCCCCGCAGCCGACGCCGUCCAAGCCCGUCCUCAAGUCCCCGGCGGCCGCGGGCGCCAGGUCUGCCACCGCGAAGAAGAAGCCCUCCGCACCCGCCGCGCCGCCGCCGGAGCGGGAGCGGCGCUUCCUCGUGGCGAAGAAGGGUGCGCGGCGGAGGCGCAACGUCGGGACCAUGGGAGGCGGCGGGGGCGGGGGCGGGGGCGGGGGCGGGGGAGAGAUCGACUUCGAGAAGUGCCGCGAGGCCGCGCGCGAGGCACUGCGCGCGUCGCAGGGGGAGUUCUUCCGCAAGGAGAUCGCCGCGUCCACCGCCACCGGAGAAGAGCAAUUGGGCCCACAGGAGGCAGAGGAGGGGAAGCCGGUGGCUGAAGAGGAUGUGAAGGGUGGAGCAUUGGAGGAGCGGCAGGAGGAGGAGACAGACGCGGAGCUGGAGGGGAGCAGCAAGGUUAGGGCGAUGAGGACGAAGGCAAUGACAAAGGCGAUGACCAGCGUUCCAGACCCUGGCUCUGGCCGCGUCAAGCAUAUGGUACAGGCCUUCGAGAGCCUGCUCAACAUCUCCGGCGCCACCUCAGAUGCAGAAAGGGCCGGUGAGGGCUCAUGGGCGCUGCCCGGGUUGCAGCUGUGGAAGGAGAAACCUGAAGAGGGUGAUCUGGGGUUCCCAUCUGUGUCAGUGUUCUCUUCGGCUGAUUUCCAGAAUGCAGGGUCUAAUAGACUCUGCUCGUCACUAGAUGGAAACACCGACAGGUUGAGCUGGGACAGCAGAACAUCGGCUGGCGAGCACAGGGACAGGAGAAGCUCAGCUGAGUCACUAAGGACCAGAACAUCGGCUGGCGGACGCAGGAGCAGGAGAAAUUCAUCUGAGUCACUAAGGAGCAGCUGGAACAAAAAGCUCAAGGUCACUAGCCAGCAUCCAUUCAAGUUGAGGACUGAGCAAAGGGGAAAGUUGAAAGAACAACAGUUCGUCCAGAAGGUUCAAGAGAUGCUUGUAGAGGAAGAGAAAAAACGUAUCCAUAUUGCGCAAGGAUUGCCAUGGACUACCGAUGAACCCGAGUGCUUGAUAAAGCCUGCUGUGAAAGAAAGAACUGAGCCGAUAGACCUUGUUUUGCAUAGCGAUGUGCGUGCACUUGAACGUGCAGAAUUUGAUCAUCACGUUUUGGAGAGGAACAAGUUUGCUGAGCAACAAAGGCUAGAAUGGGAAAGGCAACAGGAAUUAGAGGAGGAAGAAAGGAUAAGGCAACUGAGGAGGACUGAGCUGAUUCCUAAAGCUCAACCUAUGCCAUACUUUGACCGCCCCUUCAUCCCCAAAAGGUCGACAAAACCGACUACAGUUCCUAUGGAGCCGAAAUUCCACCUCAGGCCAGAAAAGCUAUCCUGUUACUGUCGACAGCGAUGUAUGGAGCUUGGAAAGCUGAAUCCACAGCAGCAGUGCCAACAUCCACUAUGGCAAUCAAGAUAUGGAGAGCAUCGACACACAUGAUCCAACAAUUGUUUCCAUUCCCUGUCCUCGUCUUAUUCAUUCUCGAUUCGUCUUCUCCUUCCCUAUGUGAAGAAAUUGUUAUCAGGAGUGUUUUGGUAGCUUUGCUUGGAUCGCCUCGCCUCUAAGUUAUGUUAUGUACAUGCAUAUGCAAAUCACUGGCUCUGUGCUUCAGAUGCAAUCCCACCAAGGUUGGAAAUUUGUUGUCCAAGAAACUGAUAAAGAAAUUCAAAGAUGAAUUUCGGUGUUAUAUUGUUGACUUCUUUUUUUUGACAAGGUUAUAUUGUUGACUUCA